UGAACGGGCUCUUUCUCCCGGACAGGAAUCCUCGCUCUUUCGCCGUAGCGUGACCCCUCCACAUUGUCUCGAAGCCCAUACGCCUCUCUCUCUCUCUCUCUCUCUCAAUAUCUGGUCUUAUCUCCGAGUUUGCCGAAGAUGAUGCAACCGCCGGCUGCUGGCGGAGAACAACACCACCACCAGCCGCUGCCGGCGCAGCAAUGGGUGGGGAUGCAGUAUCCAGAGGCUGCGGCGGCGGCGAUGGCGAUGCAGCAUCAGAUGAUGGGAGCUGUGCCGCCGCCACCGGUGCAGUAUGGGUCCCGCUAUCUGCCGUACCCUCCGCCACCACCCCAUCCACCGCCGGUAUACCGCCAGUUCGCCCCGCCAUUCGUGCCUGUAAGCGGAUUGGGGCCUCAGUCUGGGGAAGAGAACAAGUCGAUAUGGGUCGGAGAUCUUCAUUAUUGGAUGGACGAAAACUAUCUCCACAGCUGCUUCGGCCAUACCGGCGAGCUGGUUUCUAUAAAAGUUAUCAGAAAUAAGCUGACUGGACAGUCAGAGGGUUAUGGUUUUGUGGAAUUUUGUUCUCGUUCUGUAGCUGAAAAAGUACUGAAAACAUUCAAUGGUCAUAUAAUGCCAAAUGCAGAGCACCCUUUCCGGUUAAAUUGGGCAUCAUUUAGCAUGGGUGACAAGCGUUCAGAUGCUACUUCUGAUCAUUCCAUAUUUGUGGGAGAUUUAGCUCCUGAUGUUACAGAUUCCAUGUUGCAAGAAACUUUUGCUAACAAAUAUCCAUCAGUAAAAGGUGCCAAAGUUGUUAUUGAUGCAAACACUGGCCGCUCUAAAGGUUAUGGGUUUGUCAGAUUUGGAGAUGACAGUGAGAAAACAAAUGCCAUGACUGAAAUGAGUGGUGUAUAUUGCUCCAGUAGACCGAUGCGCAUUGGUGCUGCAACUCCUAGAAAGUCAAGUGGUUUUGGUUCCAACGGUUCAUCUGCGCAAGGUUUUCAAUCUGAUGGGGAUUCAACAAAUACAACAGUAUUUGUUGGUGGGCUAGACCCUUGUGUUAGUGAAGAUGAAUUGAGGGAAUCUUUUUCUCAGUAUGGAGAUAUUAUUUCCGUGAAAAUUCCGGUUGGAAAACAAUGUGGAUUUGUGCAAUUUGUACAUAGGAAUAAUGCUGAGGAAGCACUGCAUUCUUUAAAUGGAACGCUUAUUGGAAAGCAGGCAGUGCGCCUGUCGUGGGGCCGCAACCCAGCAAAUAAGCAGUCGCGAGCUGAUCGGAGCAGUCCAUGGAAUGGUUUAUAUUAUGGCCCACAGAUUUACAGUGGCUACGGGCUUGCAAUUCCUCCUCAUGAUCCAAUGAUGUAUUCUGCAGCAUAUGCUUCUUAUCCAUUUUUUGGGAAUCAACAACAAGUGAGCUAAAGGAACCCAUCUGCGUUACUAGAUCCAAAAGGAAACACACUUCUACUGACUUCCAGUGAAGAACCCCUCAAGAGGCAAAUAUACGAUGGGAAAUCCCAUUGCAAUCAGCUUAGACUUAGCAAUCUGGUUAGCUGUUACUUAUAUAUGAAUUGAUUCAUCAUCUCAAGUCUGGAACUACUUAAGUCUCUACUAAAGCCUGUAGUAGCUUGUUUGUAUUGCUCAACUUCUAUAACUUAUUAUCUGAUAUUAAUAAUUUGUAAUAAUAGCCAUUUUUCUAGCUAUGAUCUCAGUUGCUUUA